AACUUGCAAUUUUACCACAAAAGCUGUGUUAUAUUUGGAUUGCUACCCUUGACUUUAAACAGAGAAAAUUUAACUACCCGCUGAAUUAUCGCUAUGGAUUAAACCUACAAUACGACCGAAAAUCGUCUCACGUUUUCCUCCUUAUCUUGCUUGCUGGUGAUGUGGCUACAAAUCGUGGUCCAGUCUCAAGCCAUGCUAAAACCAACUACGGCUUAAAGGUACUAUAUCUAAAUGCACGUAGUCUAAAAGCAUUUGUGGCACUUGAUGAAAGCAAAACCAACGUUUGUAAGAUCACAUUAUUUCAACAACUGGUACAAUCUGGUAUAUAUGAUGUGGUUUGUGUGUGUGAAACUUGGCUAAAUAAUACCGUAUUGGACAGUGAACUUUUGCAGGACUACUGCAUCUUUCGAAAAGACAGAGUUGGACGAGUCGGAGGUGGUAUUCUCGUUGCUACAAAGUUGAACAUAAGAGCAACUCGCCGCUUAGAUCUCGAGAAGCAGGAUGCUGAAUUUGUGGUGAUAGAAUUGAUUAAACCCAACAAAAAGUCAGUCUUACUAUAUACCUUCUAUCGUCGACCUCCUGACUCAACAACGGAACCCCUUCAACAUCUUAACACAUCCCUCCAAAACACCAGUGAGUCCAGUUGUUGUGUUGUAGUUGGUGAUUUUAAUCUCCCAGCGAUAGAUUGGUCUAAUGACAGCACAGCUCCAAUUAACAAAGGAGAACGAGCGAUUGGUGAUGUCUUUUGCGACCUUGUUGGGGACAACUUCCUAACCCAAUUCAUACAAAGUCCUACACAUAAAGCUGGGAACACACUCGAUCUACUUUUAUGUAAUUGUCCAGAAGUCAUUGAUGAGGUCAAUAUCAGAAGUCCUGAGGAAUGUUAUUUCCCAACACUCCAACAGAUCACCAAAUUAUUGACUUUAGUAUCAGACGUCAGAUUUACAACUUCAAGGAAGCCGAUUUUGAAGGUCUCAAUAAUACGCUGAGUCAGAUAACAUUUGAUGUUAACACUACCAACGAUAUCGAUAAACUUUGAUCUUGCUGGAAAAAGUCGUUCCUUGACGCAGUAACUAACCACAUCCCAACCAAAACAAUAAAGGAUACCAACUCUCUUCCUUGGGUAGAUGAAGAAGUUCGUCAUCUCAUUCGAAAGAAAUACUCAGCAUUAAAAAAGUACCGCCAAAACAAGUGUGAAACGAGAAAACAAAAGCUAAGAAGCUUAAGUGACGCCGUCAAGUCGCUAGUUAAAAAGAAGCAUAGGGAAUAUCUAAGGAAAAUCGAAACAUCAUUUGCAACUAAUCCAAAACUUUUCUGGACUUACCACAAAGCAAUUUUGCAUAGCAGAUCAAAACAGACUUCUGACAUUGUCUUCAACGGCAUUACAGCAAAGUCUUCUGCAGAAAAAACCGAGCUUCUGAAUUCUUACUUCUCCUCAGUAUUUACAACAUCCAGUACUGACAUCGGGGAUUGUGAUGGUGAGGCGUCUGAAACUGAGUCGGGAUUGGGUGAAUUAACAGUUGAUGUGGCUGAAGUGGAAAAUUACCUCAGAAACUUAGACAUCACCAAAGCGAGUGGCCCUGACAAGAUACCAGCACGUCUACUAAAAGAAUGUGGUCGGCAAAUUGCGCCUAGUAUCUGUGAAUUAUUUAACGUAUCCUUGCGUGUUGGACGACUUCCGGUAGAGUGGAAAUCAGCGAACGUGACACCAGUUCACAAGAAACAUCUGAAAGAACUAGCGGAGAACUACCGACCGAUAUCUCUUUUGCCUAUCAUUGUAAAACUAUUGGAACGUUGCGUAUGUAGGCGACUAUACGAACACGUAAUUAGCGCUAUCUCCUUAGGACAACACGGUUUCCUACGCAAUCGAUCAUGCACUACACAACUGCUGCAAGUUUUACAUAAGAUUGGAGAAAACCUUGACAGCAAUAUUCAAACAGACAUUGUCUACUUGGAUGUUGCCAAAGCUUUUGACUCUGUCGACUACUUAACUGGUCGGACCCAAAGAGUUGUCGUUGAUGGUGUUGCUUCAGGUUGGUCCUCAGUAACAUCUGGUGUACCACAAGGUAGCAUACUUGGUCCAAUGUUGUUUGUAUUAUUCAUCAAUGAUUUACCCGACAUCAUUCCCGAAAAAUCAGAAGCUGCUUUCUACGCUGACGACACAAAAACAUUCAGGAAAAUUACUUGCGAAGAUGAUGCUCGCCAAUUACAACAAACCUUGACAAACCUAGCCACCUGGAGCAAUACCAACAAUAUGAGGUUCAACGAGUUAAAAUGUAAAGUGUUGACUGUGUCGCGAAAGAAACAACCUGUGGACUUCACAUACCGACUGGGCUCAACCACUCUUACUCAUGUUGAAAAAGAGAAAGAUCUUGGCGUUACAAUGACUGGAAACCUUUCAUGGGAUUCUCAUAUCCAUGAGAUCACAGCUAAAGCCAACAAGCUGCUCGGUCUAUUGAAGCGAACAUGCCCUUUCCUGACUGACGUCAACGUUCGACGUACUUUGUACCUUUCGUUGGUAAAAUCCAAUCUAUGUUAUGCCUGUGAAGUUUGGUCCCCAUACAUCUGCUCACAGAAGACAAAGAUAGAGCGUGUGCACUAUGCAGAGACGAGCCACUAGAUGGAUAUUGAAAGCUAGAAAGGGUGACUCCAGCUACAAUGAGCGUCUCGUUGAUCUGAACUUACUACCUUUGUGUUAUGAUAGAGAGAUAAAAGAUCUAAUGUUCUUCUACAAGGCUCUUUAUGGUAUUUCCGAUCUCAAUGUUCAUGACUAUGUCUCGUUUGUAACCCAUAACCACUCCCGUCUGUGUCGUAAUCCCAACCUGUUGCUCAAGACUCCAUUGUGUAAAACCACAACAUAUCAGAACUCAUAUUUCAACCGGAUCGUGAAAUUAUGGAACAGUGUUUGUAAAGUAGCUCCACCAAAUACAUUUUCUUGUGUCAAAACAUUUAAAUACUACCUCUUUAAUUAUUAUUCUAUGUUAGUAUCGACCGUAUUCGAUGUAAACUUGUUAUGUACUUGGUCUAUGUCACGUGACUGUUCUUGUCAUAGGAGUUAAUUGUCUUGUUGUAUAAACUUGUUAUUAGUAUUUACAUAGUAAACUAUAUCUACAUGUAUUCUGUUGGAAAGGUGCCUUGCAUGGAUAGCGCAAAUUAUUUACGUUCCGUUCGCACCUCUUCCAUCUGGGUAAUAUUUGUUCUUUGCAUGCAUAGUAUUAGUACGUCUUUUGUAAAUAAUUAUUAUAUUUACCAGUAUUUAAAGUGUUUAAACAAAUAAACAUAAACGAAUAAUCUCACAUGUGAGAUUAUCACUUUUAUCCGGCAGUGCUCGAAAUCUCUAUAAAGCACUAUACUUUAUAUAAUAAAUUAAAUUAAAACAAUUUGUAAUUUAUGAUAUUUUUUAUUGCAAAUCCUCACGCAUGAUUACACGUGCACAUAGACUAUAUUUAUUCAGAAAGUUUUUUUCGGUUUUCAAUGGUUAAUUUCAUACUUUCAUGCAAUUUAAAAUAAUUCUGAAUUAUGCUUGGUCUGACAAUAUGUAAUAUUAACGUCUUAUUGACCGAGCGUGAGGUCUGCUCUGUGAAAUAUCAGACCGAGGAUUUUUAGUAUGGACCGAGCGACGAAGGAGCGAGGUCCAUGCAAAAAACAGAGGUUUGAUAUUUCACAGUACAGACCGAACAAGCGAGGUCAAUAAUCGGUUUAUUAUAUGGCUGAGCUGAGUCUGUGAGCAUAUGCUUUUCGCGCGAAUUAAAUUGGCUAUCGUCAGUUUCACUGGGUAACAAUAUACGGUAGGCAUGCAUGCUCAAUCAAAAACAAUUUGGUUGUCUGAAAUUUUUAUCUGUAAAGCAUCAUUGGAAAUUUAAAAAGCAAAAUUUUUUUUUGUUUGCAAAGCAAAAAUUUCCCGACAGAUAAACGACAUCCGGGACACCGGUCCAGAUACGGAAAAUACGGACCACGGUCCGGAUAUGGGUUUUUACGGAACCGCUUGUCAACCAAUCAGAAUAGAGAAUUUUGAAAAGCCAUAUAAUAAAUAGUGGAUAUUAGACGGUUGCGAUGAGAUAUGGAUUUUAUGUUCGAGUGGCAAAAACAAUAUCUCACGAGUGAGAGCAGCGAACGAGUGAGAUAUUGUUUUUGACACGAGAACAUAAAUCCAUAUCUUUUGUGCAACCGUUUAAUGUUCUGUUUAUUAUAUGGAUUUAUUCAGAGUGACAAAAAUACACACAAAGACGACAUGUUAAAUAAGCACGCGAAAGACCAGUACUGUUUAUUAUAUGGAUUUAUUCAGAGUGACAAAAAUACACACAAAGACGACAUGUUAAAUAAGCACGCGAAAGACCAGUAUAAAAGCGAUAUUUUUUAAAAUUAUACUGGAAACAUAAAACUAGAAUAAAUUUUACUGUAUCUCAAGAUGUCUUUUAAAUGUUUUCGUUUUAUUUUCAACGUUGAUUUCGCUUUAUAUAUACGAACGAAAGACCAUUUGUAUUUUCAAAACCAACAACAAUGAAAAUAGCGGGAAAUCUUCGAACUUCGUAUGUCACUAGCAGGGGUGAAAUGCGGAAAACACCAUUGUCCAUAUAAUAAAAUAUAAUAUCAGAAAUUCAUUUGAUCAGUAUACCUCAACAAAAUGACGAAAUUGAAAAUAAUUUCAUUUUACAAAUCAUAAUUCGUUAUAAAAGUUACUGUAUAUUCUACCUAACCCCACGAUGUAAUGCUAAUUUGCAACGGAUUUCUAAGAAAUUGCGCUUUGGUUGGUCUUGGUUUUGCAACAUGUUCGUGGCCGUCAAGAGCAAGAGACGGACGUUUUCGGGUUUUGCUUGGAAAAUGACCAAUGGCCGACUGUUAUAUUGAACACUGCCGUCAUGCUUUUUCAGCAUCUCAAAAAUCGAUCAUGCUUGUUACGUCAUAGAUUCAAUUCAUUGAAAAAUCAAACUGACCGAAAUAUUUUGAAAAGUCAUAAACAUCCUGGUGAACAAAAUCAACAAAUGAACAUAAGAAAUUGAUUGAUGCGGUAUUGUUUACUUUUAUAGGUUGUCCACUACAUAACGGUCGUUUGUUGAAGGUGAGCGAACAAUAUACAAAUGACCAAUGUACAAGACUAUGUACAUGUAAUGAUGAAGGCUUGGUCGCCUGCAUGGCAUUGUGUCCUACUCGUCCAAUCAGUGUAUGUAAUGUUCCACUGGUCCAAAAGAAAAUACGCGUUCCCACAGGCCCCCCUGAUAGUAAAUGUACCUGUGAACAAGUCAUCUGCGUUAAAGCAGGUAUGUACUCUAAAUACGCUCUUGAAAACAAUUCUACAAUUCCCGAUGUCGUGUAGAACGUUUUAAAUUGUUCGAACGUUCGGCAACGUUGCUUGUCAUAUGAUGAGAACACGAAAUAAACCUGUUUGAAAUAUUAUGGAACAUCGUUCAUUGUUUUCAAAAUAUUUAAUGCAAGUGUUUGGGCUAUAUUCUAUUAUAUAAGAGAUGAAUUGCUAGACCUCCACGUUUCUAGCUGUAACGAAAGUAUUUUAAAGUAUUUUUACUCAUGCUUGAGCAUAUGAAGUGCUUACCAUAAGAAUUAAGGGUCGGCAAAAAGUAUGCCCGACGUUGGUGAAAAUUCCCGACCUUUUGAAAUUGAAAAAAAAGUUGAAAAUUUUCAACUUCAAAAUUUGUUUCCGACGGAAAAUUUGUGCCCGCUCUUCCCUUCUAUUAUUUUUAAGUACAGUUGCCCAACUGCCCUAUUUUUAAGUACAAACUGCCCGAUCCAAAAUUUUUGGGGGAGCUGCAGUCUCCUACCCCACUCAUCUCGUAUGCAUAUGGUCAACAAUACUUUCAGUUUAAUUUUAUCCAACACCGCAGCAUUUCGUUCUUCUAUUAUUGAAAGCAAAUAUCGACGGAGCAUUCUGUGUUAUUAUUAUUAGAAACAACGACAGAUACAUCUAAAACAAUCAUUCCUCCUGGUGCAAGUAAGUAGAACUCUAUAAACCUCUAUUUCAUCGCUUUACUCUCCUAUUAAAGGAGCAAUGGUAAUCAUUAGUGUAAACUGUACUAGAAUUAGUAAUAUGAUCUAUUCGGCUCAAAAAUGAUAACAAUUUCCGCACGUAAUACAAAGAUAUACAAAUUAUGCAAACUUCGCAAGGCUCUAUUUUCCAUAUUUUACAACAUUUCGUAAACAUAUUUUGUAAUUUUAAUAAUUUUAAUAAGUUCUUUACAGGAAUUUACUUUUUUGCCUAGAUCAAAAAUUAGUCUAACACGCAAGUUGUCUAUUGAUUUGGGUACGAUUUAGUGGAAUAUAUGGAAAUGUUUUGUCGUCGACGUCCCCCACCUUCCCAAUCGAGAACGUUUUGAGCCUGGAAAAAAGUUUGUUUUGUGGACACUAAGCUUAAAUACUAAUAUGAGAUUAUUUUCAUUUAUCAGUCAAUUAUGCAUUGCUUGGUUACGCCACACAAUCAAACACAAGCAGAGCUGGCUAUGCAUAUAAAGCUGUGGAUGGCAACAGAAGCGGCAAUUACGACGAUUUCUCUUGUACUCAUACACCUACUGAGGAGAAUCCAUUCUGGUCUGUGUCAUUUGAACCCCGCUCUGUCAACGUAUCAGCCGUACGAAUAACAAACAGACAGGACUGUUGUCAAGACAGAUUAUCGGACUUCGAAAUAGGUAUUGGAGAAUACUUUGGCGAAGAAGCUGAAAAGAGUCCAAAAUGUGGCGGGUUGCAUACAAUAAAUGGUAAUUCUAAAGUUAUAUCAUGUCCAAAUAUGGUUGAUCGUUUCUUGACUAUAAAAAUACGUGGACAACACAAGUCUUCGGCACCGGUAAGUAUUCAUACAUUCAUGCUGAAUACUACAUAUUCUACACCAUGUCACCAUGUACUGCUAAACAAGAUUAAAAACUCAUUAAUAAUUCCUAAGGAAAAAACAAAAGUAAUCACUACCGUUUUAAUCACUACCGUUUGGUUUUAA